AUAAUCCAAGCCGAGCCGAUAGCUGCUGCACAAGAACAACAACAAAUAAACAAACCCUUACAUGGCCAAAUCGGACCACCACUCACCACCAUCCGAUCCAAAACACUCGCCGCCGUCUACGGCGGCGGCGUGGGGCACAUGGGAGGAGCUCCUCCUCGCCUACGCCGUCAACCGCUACGGCACCAAAAGCUGGGACUCCAUCUCCUCCGAGUUACGUAAACGGAGCUCCGAUCCGACCCGUUUCCACCUCUCUCCCCUUCAUUGCGAACAGAAAUACAACGAACUCAAACAACGUUUCAACCACACCGACGCCGUCGAUAUCGAUGACGUCACAACCACCACCACCGGCACCGCCGCGGUACCGUGGCUGGAGGAAUUGAGAAACCUCCGAGUGCUGGAACUGCAACGUGAACUCCAGAAUUACGAUCUAUACAUCUCGUCUUUGCAAUUGAAGGUGAAGAAAUUAACCGAAGAGAGUGAAAACGACGUCGCCGGAGAAACGAAUCGGAACUCAGAUUUAGGGCACGAAACUGAAAAAGAUGAAGAACCGAAGAACGAACCGGCUGAACCGGUCGAACCGGUGGUGUCCGGUGACAACCAGUCGGUUAACGGAUCAAACGGAAAUUUAGAAACCGGCGGUGAAAAGUCGGAAAACGAGAACGGAACCGGAGCGAGUCCGGUUCGGACCGGGGGAGAAAACUCUGAACCGGUGAAAAGUGAACCGGAAGAGAAAGAACAGAGAACCGGACCGGAUGUGGAAGCUAGUGAGGCUCCCGAGUCAAUAGCGGAGUCGAAAAGUGAGGGGAAGAAUUCGGAUGUGCAAAGCUCGGCGAGUAAGUCGAGAAAGGAGAGCAUUGAUAGGGUGCGGCGCGGGUCCACCAAAGGGGAUGAGAUUGAGGAUCAAUCGACGGAUAGUAUUCCUGUUAGAUCUCUGCCGUUGGUUGAUUUUCUGCAGAAGCUUCAUAAGCUUGGCUCGGCUGUGUUUGACCCGCGGCUCGACCGGCAGGAAAAGAUAAGGUACAAAAAUUUAAUCAGGCAACACAUUGAUUACGAAACGCUACAAACCAGACUCAAAGAAGGCUGGUACUCCGAUGGCAACGAUAAAUUUUUCCGAGAUCUUUUACUUCUCGUUAACAAUACCCGCAUUUUCUUCCCCAAAGAAUCCCCAGAAUCAAUUGCAGCCGUUGAUCUUCGACAGCUUGUUCUGAAGGAAAUGAUCUCCAAGAAAAAACAAAAAAGCGAUUCAAAACUGACCGAUAAACAAACCUCGUCAAAGUCCUCAAACUUACCACCAAAACGGGCCACCGAGCCAGCUGAUUCGUUACUUCUCAAACCCAAGUUAAAUGGUCCGAUUGUUGUUUGUAGAAAACGAAGCUCGAUAACAGCCAAAGCAGCAGGAUCUUCCUCAGGGAAAAAAGAACAAACAGAUUCAAAAAACUCUGAUAAAGUAACCGACGAAACCCCGAAGAAAUCACGAGAUUCGUUUCCUAUAAUCGCGAAGAAAAAAGGGAAAUCACCCGUUCACGAGACGCCAGAAACCAAACCCGAAAAGAAAAAGAAGCUAACCGAAGCAGAAGAAAAGAAGCAGAGUGCCGCUAAAUUUUUGAACCGAAUGAAACGGUCCAAUGAGCCGUUGCUAAACAGUUUGAAAAGCUCGUCGGAACGUGGUGGUUCUGAGAACGAUAGUAAAGGAGAGCAGAAGAAAAGUGGCGGAAACAAGGGCGCGAGUGGUAGUAGUGGUGGUGGUGAUGGGAAGAAAGAUCAAUCAGGCAAGAAGAGUUCGGGUGGUGGACGCCAAGUUAAGGAACAAGAUAGUCCGGCGAAGAGGAGUGUUGGUCGGCCGCCAAAGAGGGCGGCGGUUUUGGGUAAUAAACGGAACCGCGAAUCGGUGGUGGAUUCGGAGACGUUGGAUUCAAAACAGACCAAAAAAAGAUCAAAGAGGUGAUGGUGAUGGUGGUGGUGUAGUGAUGUUAGAAUUUGUUUUCAGGUAUGAUUCCAAACCUUAGUCUAACCAAUGUUGGUUUCCUUUUUUUUUAUUUUUAUAUAUAUAUCUUUAAGAAAACUAGCAACUUGUGUUUUUAAAUUUGUACCCUUUUGGGUCAAGCAAUGAAUGACUUCUCCAUAUAAAUGUUAAAAAAACUCAUUUAGAGUCA